AUGAAAAAAUACAAUUAUAAAUCAAUUUCUAUUAUUACAGUGUUAUUAACAAUUUAUUUAAUUGCAAUUACAAAUUCACAAAAAAUUUCUCCUAUUCCUCCACAUCCUUCCACCACCACCACCUCACCCCUACCUUCUCUUAAUCAACAGCAACAACUAACUCCUAAUGAUUUCAAUAAUUUACCUGGAAAUCCAGAUCCUGGUCAAGUUAAAAUACUUACUGCUACAACAAUUAAACAUACUGGAAUUCAUAAACCAACUGAAACUCCUGUCAGUGAUAAUAGCAACAAAAACGGCAAAACCAAAGACAAAGCAACUGGUCGUAAAGCAAAUAUCACUAUUUCAAAUUCUGCAGGUAGAUUAUCAGCAACUGAAAUUGAACGUAUGAUUACUGAAUCUGAGAAAUUUAAAGAAGAAGACAAACAAAGUCAAGAACGUGUCGAAGCUAAACAAGAACUUGAAAAUUAUGCUCUUGAAUGUCUUGAACUUAAUGGUGAUAAUACAGUUGCGAGUAAGGAAGAAAUAAGUAAUGCAAAAAAGAAAUUACAACGUAGUGUCACUCGUGCGUUUGCUUCUCUUAAUCGUUAA